UUUUUAUUGUUACAAAAAAUAUAUUCAGUGAUUCAAAAUAUGUUUAGAUUCUGAAUAUUUCAAUGAGACAAACUUUAAGCAAACAACAUGAAUAAGUAAAAUAUUAAAGAUUGACUGUUUUCCCUCCGUGAUGUGAUUCCUGGCGGGAAGAGGAUGAAUGAGUUUCUGAAUGAGCCUCUUUGGUCUUUUGUGGUUUUUGUGGUUCCUGAAAGAAGCAGCAGAGUGAGAGCUCUGUGCUUCCUGAUCUGUGCAGAGACGAGAGGCAGCAGGAAGCAGAGCUGAAGACAAACUGAAGACACAUCAGAGCAUCACCUGCUGCUGGACUCACCUCACCUCUGCUCUUCCUCUGGACCUCUGAGUUCAAUUUAAAGACUUUGUCCCUUCGCUGAGCUUCAUCAUCUGUUUGACCUGCAGCUAACGAAGAAGAGGAAGAUUAACUCAUGUUUCUAUUUUAAUUUUAAAAAAAAAUAUUUUUCCAGUUUGUCUGUUUUGAGCUGUUUGGAGGGUGGAGAUGCCGGUGCAGGUCCCGGACGACUCGGACUUCUCUUCAUUCAAGGAUCAGUGUUUGAGUUCAGACGGAUGGAUCAGCAGAUACAACAAGGGAGGAGUGACGGUUUGGUGUCGACAGGAGGAGAGCAAGACCGUCCAGAAGCUCAAGAUGAGAAUAGUGUGUAAAGACGUGACGGCGGAGACUCUGUACGACGUCCUCCAUGACACCAGCUACCGCAAGAAGUGGGACACCAACAUGAUCGACACCUACGACAUCGGCAGGCUGACAGUCAACGCGGACGUUGGAUACUACUCCUGGAAAUGUCCGAGCCCGCUGAAGAACAGGGACUUUGUGACGAUGAGAUCCUGGCUUCCUCUCGGCAACGACUACCUGAUCAUCAACUACUCUGUCAAACACCCGAAAUAUCCUCCAAAGAAGGACUACGUCCGAGCCGUGUCUCUGCUGACCGGAUACCUGAUCCAGUCCAACGGAGCCAACUGCUCCACCCUCUAUUACCUGACCCAGGUGGACCCCAAAGGUUCUUUACCAAAGUGGGUGGUGAACAGAGUCUCUCAGUUUGUGGCUCCAAAGGCGAUGAGGAAGAUCUACAAAGCGUCUCAGAAGUAUCCCGAGUGGAAGAGGAAGCACAACCCGACACUGAAGCCGUGGAUGUUCCCGGAGCAGAACUCGCUGCCGUGCAUCAACGUGUCGGAGCUGACGGUGCAGCGCGCCGACUCGCUGGAGAACAUCGACGAGAGCGGCCUGAGCGAGGAGAAGACGCAGCACAGCGACGACGAGGACUGAAAACCUGCUGCUUUUUCUCUGAUUUACUCUGUUAGUUUGCUUGUUUGUUUGUUUGUUUGUUUGUUUGUUUGUCAGACUGAUCAGACCAGACUGCAAUUUAUUCUCCAACAAAAAAUGUCUUCCUGUGUAACUUCAAUGAUUCUUUCAUGUUAUUAUAUUCCGGCUUUAAUUUCAGAUUCGGUUCAUGGAAGUCUGUGAACGUUCAGUUUGAUUUUAAGUUUAACAAAGUUUAACUUAAGUCAGGUGCUUCACUUCCUAAAGAGCCAGAUAUUCCCCUCAGGAGUUGGUAGAGAGCAACAACAGAACUAAUUCACUGGACAGAAACAC